AUGAAUAAUCCAUUCCACUCGAGAAAAGUUUCAUCUUCGAGUGAAGAUGAAAAUCCUUACGAUACACCAGAGAAUUAUUACGGUCCCAAGACGAACCCUGUUGGUGCUGGCAAGAAUUCGAAAUUAGGGAAGGUUAGAACAUUUUCCGUCUUUGAACCAAAAAGGUCGCAGUUUUUUGAUGAUUACAACCCUGGUUAUACCAACUCGGAUGUUACCGAACAGCCUGACAAGGAAACGAGUCCAUUUUCAGAUUCACCAACUCCAGAAGUCGAAUGCAAAUGGGAUGAUUUCAAGUCGUCAUCUGGCGUUGCACCACUGACGGGAAAGAAAGUGGAUGAAAUUCCCUCAACACAUAAUCCUAGGGGAGGAAACAGAAAUUCUAUAGUGCCAAUUUAUGACGACAUUUCGCUGGAUUCGGUGGAAGAUUUCAACGCAUCAACGAAACCGAAUCCUAAACGCUUGCAUUAUAGGAGAGCCUCGAUGGAUGAUUCAUUCCUCAAACCAAGAAAAUUCUUUAUCAACGAUAUUGACCUUACCCUUAAGGAGCUCUUGAAGAAUGAAGAUACCGACCACAACUUUCAAAUUACUAUUGAAGAUAAUGGGCCCAAAGUUAUUAAAUUAGGUACGGCCAACUCAAAUGGGUAUCGUCAGGCACCAAUUAGGGGUACAUACAUGUUGUCCAAUUUGUUACAGGAACUUACAAUAGCUAAGAGACUUGGUAGAGACCAAAUGAUUUUGGACGAGAACAGAUUGAAUGAAAAUCCAGUUUACCGUAUGAGGCGUCUUAUUACGACUCAAUUCUGGAAAUCAUUGACAAGAUUGUUAACCAGAGAUAAUAUAAUGGAAAUGUCUAAGGAUACUAAGAUUGAGGAAGAAGUAACUGACGAAAAUGGUCAAAUUCAACAUAAUAAGGAGAGUCAUAGAAUAUACAUUCCUUAUAACAGAAAGGAUCAAUUUGAUUAUUUCAAUAGUAUAAAAGAAGCAAACCCGGAUAUUACUCUUGAUGUCCAAUAUUUGCCUAAGAAUAUCGAUGCCGACUAUGUGAAAUCGAUUAAUAAAAGGCCAGGUUUGUUGGCUCUUAGUGCUGCUCCUGAUCCAAAUGAUCCAACCAACCUAAUCAAUCAGCCAUAUGUCGUCCCAGGAGGAAGAUUUAAUGAAUUAUAUGGAUGGGAUUCUUAUAUGGAAACCAUUGGUUUAUUGGUUGAUGUCACUGUUGAUGAUCAAGAACAUUUAAAAUUGGCUAGAGGAAUGACAGAGAAUUUCAUUUAUGAAAUUCAUCAUUACGGUAAAAUAUUGAAUGCUAACAGAUCCUAUUAUUUAACUAGGUCCCAGCCUCCCUUCUUGACUGAUAUGGCCUUGAGGGUUUUCAAUAAAACCAUGGAAGUAGCUCCAGAAAGACUAGAAGAGUCUUUGGAUUUCAUGAGAAGAGCCAUUGCGGCAGCCAUUACAGAAUACAAUAACGUUUGGUUUGCAGAGCCAAGGUUAGACAAAGAAACAGGAUUAUCUUGUUAUCAUCCAGUGGGGAGUGGUAUACCUCCGGAGACUGAGGCUAGUCAUUUCAAUGCAAUUUUAGAUCCUUACAUCAAGAAACAUGGUAUUUGCCAGGCUGAGUUUAUUGAAGAAUACAAUAAUGGAAACAUUAAGGAACCAGAAUUAGACGAGUACUUCUUACACGACAGAGCCGUAAGAGAAUCCGGACACGAUACAUCUUACAGGUUAGAAGGUAAGUGUGCCCAUUUAGCUACAGUGGAUUUGAAUUCUUUGUUGUACAAGUAUGAAGCUGAUAUCGCCUUCGUUAUCGAGUCAUUCUGCGAUGGAAAAUUGGAAAAUAGGGACACUGGCGAAAUUGAAACAGCAGAGAAAUGGAGAAAAAAGGCUAAUUUGCGAAAGGAAAGAGUUAGUAAGUACUUGUGGAAUGAGGAAGACUCGAUUUUCUAUGACUAUAAUAUUAAAGCAAAAAAACAAACUGGUUACGAAUCUGCAACCACAUUUUGGCCGUUAUGGUCUCAAGUAGCUUCUGCGGAACAAGCAGAUAAGCUAGUUAAGAAUUCGACUCUGAAACUAGAAGAAUUUGGUGGGCUUGCUGCUGGUACUUUGAAGUCGCGAGGUGGUAUCAAUUUACACAGACCAUCAAGACAAUGGGACUAUCCCUAUGGAUGGGCCCCGCAGCAGAUUCUAGCAUGGAUCGGAUUGUGCAACUACGGCUACGAAGGUGUUGCUCGUAGAUUAGCUUAUCGUUGGUUAUAUCUAAUGACUCAAGCAUUCGUUGAUUAUAAUGGUGUUGUUGUAGAGAAAUAUAACGUCACCAAGGGUGCGAUUCCUCACAAAGUUGAUGCAGAAUAUGGUAAUCAAGGUUUAGAUUUCAAGGGGGUUGCCAUGGAAGGGUUUGGCUGGGUUAACGCAAGUUAUGUGUUUGGCUUGACAUUUAUGAAUCUUCAUGCUUGUAGAUGUUUAGGAACCCUCACCCCACCCGACGUUUUUUUGAGAUAUUUACAUCCUCAACAAAGAAAAGACUAUCAGUGA